AUGAGUGAAGCCGAAGCAACUAAUCAAGCUAUAGAACCAUAUAUAACUGGAGAUAUUGACACAAAUGAUUAUGUGGAAGCAACAUAUGAUAAUGAAAAAAUAAAUAAUAUCGGCGUUAACAUUGAAUUUGACGAAGAUGAUGUUCAUGAUGAAAGGAUACUGGGAAAGAUUUUUGAUACACCUGAUGAUGCUUAUACAUUUUAUAAUGAUUAUUCAUUUUUGCAUGGCUUUGAUAUACGUAAAGAUGACACAAUUAAAAAUCCUAAAACAAAUGAGCCUUUUCGGAAGAUAUAUGUAUGCAACAAAGAAGGCUUCAAAAGGAUGGACAAAGAUGCUUCAAGUGAAAAUGAGAAAAAACGUCGUAGAGAUGUUAGAACUGGUUGUUAA